GUCGUUGAAAAGAGUGUAGCUGCUGGUCCAAAGUCCAAACCCCCGUAACUGAUCUCGUUAUCAACCCUACCAUUUUCGGUUUUCACUCUCCUUCAAUUCUCCAUCAGCUUCAUUCGCGAAGUUGCUAGGUUUUCCGACAGACCAAUGGGUAAUGGUUCCAGUGGAGGAGCUGUUGAAACGAAUCGUUUAGCAAAUGGUGAAGCAUCUGAGAGCAGUUUUCACAAGCAAGCUGCUCAAGCUGAUGCCAAUGAUGUAGUUGCUGACCCUGAAGCUCCUGCCAAGAGAGCCAGGUUGCAGAGGGAUUUGACCUUUGAGGAUGUGUAUCAAAACGACGGUGUGUUUGACGACGAGGAUGAAGAUAGUGAUUGGGAGCCGUUUCAGUUGCCUAAGUGUGUGGAGAUCAAAAGGUGGUCCUGCAAAAAUUGCACUAUGGCUAACCUCGAUGGUGAUGACUGUUGUCAAAUAUGUGGGGAGCACAGGGACUCCAAAAUCAUCAGCCAUGGUUUUUAUGCAUCUCCUCUUGCCCAAGAUGAGGAUCUGACUGAGGUCCAGGAAAGCAUAAAAGGACUGAAAGAUGUUGGCUCACAAGUGGCAAAUAGUUCUACGGCAAUUGGCUUUGAUGAGAGAAUGCUGUUACAUGCAGAGGUUGAGAAGAAAUCAGUUCCACACCCUGAGAGGCCAGAUCGCCUUCGAGCCAUUGCUGCUAGUCUUGCUAGAGCUGGCAUAUUUCCUGGAAAAUGCUAUUCAGUUCCUGCUAGAGAAAUCACACCAGAAGAACUUAUUACAGUUCACUCUUUGGACCAUAUUGAAUCUGUGGAAGUUACAACUGAAUCAAUUUCUAGUUAUUUCACUUCUGACACAUAUGCCAAUCAGCAUUCAGCACUUGCUGCUAGGUUGGCAGCUGGGUUAUGUGCUGAUCUGGCAUCAGCAAUUGUUUCUGGGCGUGCCAAAAAUGGAUUUGCUUUGGUUAGGCCUCCUGGUCAUCAUGCUGGUGUAAGACAUGCAAUGGGAUUCUGCCUUCACAAUAAUGCUGCCGUGGCAGCAUUGGCAGCUCAAGCUGCAGGGGCUAGGAAGGUGCUAAUUUUGGAUUGGGAUGUUCAUCAUGGAAAUGGGACACAGGAAAUAUUUGAACAAAACAAAUCGGUCUUGUAUAUAUCAUUGCAUAGACAUGAGGGAGGAAAGUUUUAUCCUGGUACUGGAGCUGCUGAAGAGGUUGGUAGUAUGGGUGCAGAAGGAUACUGUGUGAAUAUUCCAUGGAGUCGAGGAGGAGUUGGUGACAAUGAUUACAAUUUUGCAUUUCAGCAUGUUGUCCUUCCUAUAGCUUCCAAGUUUAAUCCAGAUUUUACCAUAGUAUCUGCUGGAUUUGAUGCUGCAAGAGGUGAUCCCCUAGGAUGUUGUGAUGUUACUCCCUCUGGCUAUGCACAUAUGACACAUAUGUUGAAUGCUCUUUCUGGCGGAAAAUUGCUUGUUAUUCUUGAGGGGGGCUAUAAUCUUCGUUCUAUAUCAUCUUCUGCAACUGCAGUAAUCAAGGUAUUACUGGGUGAGAGUCCUGGAUGUGAACUGGAAAAUAGUUUCCCUUCCAAAGCUGGCCUGCAAACUGUUCUGGAAGUCCUCAAAAUUCAGAUGAACUUUUGGCCUUCCUUGGGUCCCAUUUAUGUGAAUUUGGAGUCACAAUGGAGGAUGUACUGUUUUGAAAAUAAAAGGAAACAGAUUAAGAAGCGACGCCGACUACUGGUUCCAAUGUGGAGGUGGGGACGAAAACGGUUCUUAUUCCAUUUUCUGAAUGGCCAUCUUAAUGUAAAAUCGGAGUGAUUAUGAUGAGCUGGAUAUUUUUGUAAGAACAGGAAAUGCAUAGCAAUUAUCAGCAUGUUGUAUAUUCCAUCUUCGGGACAGCAUUUUAUUUGAUCGUCCAACUCAUUUGUGCGGAAGGGAGACAAAUCGGGGAAAAGGGGGGGUUUUGGGGGGUCGGCCAGUGUAAGGGAUGAAAUUGAUUCCCCAGUUCCUUGUUUGAACACCGAAUUUUGAUAGUUACCAAAUGGGAAAAAUGAUAAUUGAAAGCACUUUCUGCCCCCAACUAAAAAAACUUGUGAUAAAAACUUGAUCAAAGAUGUGGUGGUGUCUUGUCAUCCUUUAUUUUACUGUUUUAAAUCCAACAUUGUCUAAACAAGUUUCCAUGAUAUCCAAUAUUUUAUUAUGCUUUUG